AGGAAAACAAACCGGGAGGAAGGAGCGAGGGGACGGGGUGGGUUGGGGGGUGGGAGGUAGGAGAGAGCGGGGCCGGGGGAAGCGGGGCAAGCACAGACAUGAAUGAAUUAAUAAUAAAACACACUGAAUAAAGAGCAGCCGGGCCGCAGCGCAGGGGGGGCGAUUCCGCCCCGACCACAACAUUAACCAGCAGCGCCGCCUGCGAGCCCCGGCAGAGGCGCCGAGCCUCCGAGGGGGGAAAUCGGCCGCCGAAGGAAGCGGGGACAGGCCGCCCGCCAGGUGCGGGCCGGCGCGGAGCCUGUGCCCGGCGAGGGCCAGCGGGCCAUGACCAUGAAGCCGGGCCUGUUGAAGCAGCCGGGCGGGGUGGCCGAAGCCGAGAGGCGGGCGGCGGCAACCAGCGAGCACGACAGCGGAGAGGCCGUGGCAUCCGGCGGGGAGAACCCGACCAAAGGCGGUCGCAAGGUGAACGGCAGCGAGCACGGCAAGGCGGCGAAGGGAGUGCGGGCGGCUUGGGCUCGGGCGGCGGCCAUGCCCAGCGGAGAAGGCGGUGGUGGAGCUGGACGGGGACCAGGCGAAGGCAUAGCUCCGGUGCCCGGCUUGGAGGCCUUGCACUGGGGCAAAGUGAAGAAGCAGCAGCCGCCGCCGCCGUCGUCGCAGCAGCAGCAGCAGCAGGGCCCGAGCCAGAGCGCCCGCCUCAAGCAGAUCGUCCUGCUGCAGCUCGACCUCAUCGAGCAGCAGCAGCAACAGCUCCAGCUGAAGGAGAGGGAGAUCGACGAGCUGAAGGCGGAGAAAGAGACGCUUCUUGCUCGUCUUGAGCGCAUGGAAAGGAGGAUGCAGCUGGUGAAAAAAGAGAAUGAUAAGGACAAGCAUCGAUUCAUUCCAGCAGUGGAUGGGAAUGAGGAGAAGAAUGCAACAGAACCAGAAAAAAUCCAGCCGGAACAUCAACAGAUGACUCCUGAACAACCCCUGACCCAGACACCGAGUAAUCAAACAGAAACAUAUUCGGGGAAGGGUUACAAAAGGAAAUCUGUGCUCGGAACAACGGAAAGGAAAGCACCAGUGAAAAAGCUCGCGGCUGAAUUCUCGAGAGUGCGGACAAAGCUGGCCAAAUCCUCUCAGCUCCGACAGGCAUCAAGCAGCCCCUUACCCGACAAAGUCUCAAAACGAGAACUGCGAAGUAAAGAAACUCCAGAGAAAUCUAAAUCUCAGACUGAGGGGGGCCACAAACCUUCAACCACCAUAAAGACUCCAGGUCUUCCCAUCAGUAAAGACCAGUCUAUAUCUAAUGACAUAGAAGAGGAACCAUACCUCUGUACCACUGAGAUGUACCUAUGUCGGUGGCAUCAGCGGCCACCCUCUCCUCUUCGAGAACCUUCACCCAAGAAGGAAGAAACUGUAGCAAUACCAUCCUGGAAAGAGCACUCAGCGGAGCCUCUCAUAGACCUGCAGCCUGAUGAUAUAUUUGAGAAUUUAGAUGACUGUGUGUUUGCGAAGCGACAUGCAAAACUUGAGCUUGAUGAGAAAAGAAGGAAACGGUGGGAUAUUCAGCGUAUCAGAGAACAAAGGCUGCUGCAACGUUUGCAACUGCGCAUGUACAAAAAGAAAGGAAUUCAGGAAUCGGAGCCAGAAAUCCUGUCAUUUUUCCCUGAACCAGAUGAUGUGGAAUCUCUGGUAAUUACCCCGUUCCUACCUGUGGUGGCUUUUGGGAGACCUCUACCAAAGUUAUCACAACAGAACUUCGAAUUACCCUGGUUGGAUGAGCGCAGCAGGUGUAGGAUAGACAUACAGAAAAAACAGACACCACAUCGAACAUGCCGCAAAUAGAUGCUUUGGACAGAAAUCUGACUUGUAUACUGCCCAAGUUAUAAACUGUACUGCAAGCCAGCACUUAGGAUGCCAACCGGCAGAGAACUCUGUGGGUCUUCUAAAGGACCAUCUGCCUGAGGAUCUUAUUCAGUGUUUAUAUUGAUGUUUAUAAUUGAUGGUCACUAUAUCAAUAACUGAAUAGUCUCAUUUCUUGCCUUUUAUACUUUUGCUUCUCUUACUGAAGUGAAAAACUAUUAUCCUUGUUUUUGUCUGUUGAAUUUGGACAGUGAGUUUUGGUCUGUUUUUGCAGAUUUGACCAUGUACAGAAAAAAUUGAGAUCUUGUACAAUAAUCUUGCACCUUUUUUUAAAAAAAAAUGUUAAUGUUAUGUAAAGAUGUCGUAAAUAGCCCUGAUUUCUUGGAAUCAGUUAUGUUUGUUUUUUUUUCCAAAUAAUACCUGCCUUGACCAGGACACUCUUAAGGUGGUUUUCCACAUCAGUUUAUUGAACCUACAGUUCAAACCUGGUAAUCUGGGGCAACGUUGACUAACUCGAUGUGCUGGGUCACUGUUCCUGUUAAACUCUGGAACGUGGGCUAGAAAAUGGGUUAAGUGAAAGAUGUAAAUAUCUUUCUCCUCAUUUUGGGCCAUGUACAGCCUUUUCACUUGGAACCCUUGUUGAGAUUCAGCCCACAGCUAGAGAAAGCAGUGUCUUGUUGCUGAUGAGAGAACAAUAAAAACUACAGAAAAUGUGUCCCUUCAGCAACUUGUAUUAAUCUGUUUGAGCCCAAGGGGGCAGGUCAGAUUUGAAGUUGCUAAAAAUCCAGCCAAAGUCUCAGGAGUCAACAGUAGGAGGAUUUGUUGGGAUGGGUGGGGUGGGAAGGGGUAGGGGACAGUAAGGAGCGUGUGCAACAGGUGAAGUACAAUAGAUACACCAUAGUGGUAGCAAAGAAGAAUGAAAAAUCUUGUUGGUUUUGGCUUUACCUCAUUGAACUGAGGUCUGUUGAAGGAGGCAAUGCUAUGAAUUGCUUUGAUUCAUGCCAUGCCCAGCCUGUGUCUAAUGAAUCACAGACCUCUGAGACUUGUACCGUGGUACAAUCAACUUGUACCACAGUACAAUCAACUUGUACCGAGGGGAAAAGACACAGGCAAGCUAUGAAGAAUCCUGUGUAGUUCAAGUUUGGGGGUGGGGGGGGAAACUCCAGUUUGAAUGUUGUAACAUGUUUUGGUGAAUGCAGAAAAUAAAAAUGGCAGGUAACUUGUGUACUUCUGUUGCUUUGCUUCAUUGAACUUUGUUCAGAACUAUUUUAUGACACUGGGAAUAUAAUUAUUAUUUGGUGUGAGCCUGCAUUGAAAGCAUAUUGAUCUGUGACCCAAAGUUAAGGUCACAAAGGCAGUUCAGUUAUAGCACUCCUUUGCCCCACUUGCUGACUUUCUUGAAAGUAAUGUUUAGAAAAAGUAUCUGGUUUAAAAGUCAUUCAGAAGCCUGGGACAUCCCCAAAUACUUCAAGCAACAGUGAAUUACUGUAGAUGUAAUAGAAUAAGUGUCAUUUGAAGGUGCAGUGAAGUUUUCCUUCAGUAUAUGGUCCUACAACUCCUGUACCGUGUUGUGCUCCCAUUAUGUUUUGAUUUAGGUGAUUAAGCCAAACUGCUGCUGAUUAAUUUUCUAUUAAUCUACUCAGCUGGUUCAUUAAUGAUCCAAAAGCAAAAUACUGAAAAUCUGAAAAUACCCAACAGCUCGGACAGUAUCUGUGGACAACAAAGGUCACUGAUUUGACCUUUACUGUUAACUCUUUCUCCACAUGUGCUGCCUGACCUGCUGAGCAUCAAAUGCAUUUGUGAGAUAUUUUAUGCAUCACUGCAAGAUACCUCUUAUGCUUCAGAAGGUGUGGAUCCAAAUCUUCCACGUGGACUGCUUUCUCAUGGUAGGAAUCAACCUACAGCUUCUGUGUGUGCAUUUAUCCAGGGGUUACGGAUUGUAGUAGGAACCUAACCCCAGAGUGCCCAGAAGCUGAGCCCAGUUAAUGAGCUGAAUUUUGACCCUGUUUAAUUUGUUCUAGCACCUUGUAUUGCAAAUUAGCUAAUCUACAAGGAGAAAACUCAUCGGUACGAUUUGAAAGUACCUCCCUGCAGUGAAGUUGUAGUUGAUUUUCAACCAAUAUAUCCCUGGGAAAAAAGACUGCAGAUGCUAGAAAUCCGAAACAAAAACAGAAAACGCUGGUUAGACGGCGUAAGAGAAACCGUCAACGUUUCAGGUUUGAGAUCCUUUGAAAAGAUAGGGCACCUGUUUGGUAACAUGAAAGAUGCCCCAUUUUUAAAGGUUGAAUUGUUCUCAAUAAACUUUUUCUGAAAAAAAGGAAUUGGAUAAGAACGAUUGAGUAGUCUGUAAAUACAUUACGAAUGUUUUUAUUAGCUUUUAUUACAAUAUGGCAGUGCCUGUUAGUUCUCCUUUCUCCUCCACUCUGCUCCCUCCCAAACCGAAAACAGGAACGG